AGGGGUGCGGGGAGAGUGCCUGGGAAGGCAAGGCGCCCCAUCCAUGCCACCCCCCUCCCCGCAGGAUGGACCCCUUGGCGGACACCCUGCGGCGGCUGCGGGAGGCCUUCAGCGCGGGGCGGACGAGGUCCCCCGAGUUCAGGGCUGCGCAGCUCAAGGGCCUGGGCCGCUUCCUGCAAGAAAACAAGCAGCUUCUGCAGGAGGCGCUGGCGCAGGACCUGCACAAGUCAGUCUUUGAGGCUGAAACAUCUGAGCUCCUCAUGUGCCAGAAUGAGGUUGACCUGGCGCUCAAGAAUCUGCACAACUGGAUGAAGGAUGAGCCUGUGGCCAAGAACCUGUUCACGCAGCUGGACUCGGCCUUCAUCCAGAAGGAGCCCUUCGGCCUGGUGCUCAUCAUCGCGCCCUGGAACUACCCCAUGAACCUGCCGCUGGUGUCCCUGGUGGGUGCCCUGGCCACAGGGAACUGUGUGGUGUUGAAGCCAUCAGAAUUAAGUAAGAGCACGGAGAAGGUCCUGGCUGAGGUCCUGCCCCAAUACCUGGACCAGAGCUGCUUUGCCGUGGUGCUGGGAGGGCCCCAGGAGACCCGGCAGCUGCUAGAACACAAGUUUGACUACAUCUUCUUCCCUGGGAGCCCCCGGGUGGGCAGGAUCGUCAUGACCGCCGCCGCCAAGCACCUGACGCCCGUCACGCUGGAGCUGGGGGGCAAGAACCCCUGCUACGUGGACGACGACUGCGACCCCCAGACCGUGGCCAACCGCGUGGCCUGGUUCCGCUACUUCAACUGCGGCCAGACGUGCGUGGUGCCCGACUAUGCCCUGUGCAGCCCCCACACGCGGGGGCGCAUCACCCGCUUCUACGGCGACGACCCGCGGCGCUCCCCGAGCCUGGGCCGCGUCCGGCGGCUGCGGGGCCUGCUGGGCUGCGGCCGCGUGGCCAUCGGCGGCCAGAGCGACAGGACGAGCGCUCCAUCGGUGAGGGGCCCCCGCCCCGCCCGGCCCAGAGAGCAGGGCCCCGUCUUCCUAAACCACGCAAAAGCUCUACCCAAGCCCUCUUCCUUUGCUGAUGAGCCUCCACCUGGCCUCUUCUGCCGCCCCCAGGUAGUGACCCAGAUGCUCCAUCAGACCAGCAGCGGCAUUGUCGGAGGCAACCAGGGCUUCAUUCACCUGACUCUGUCGACCUUGCCGCUGGGGAGCGUAGGUAACAGUGGCAUAGGAAGAUACCAUGGCAAGUUCUCCUUUGACACCUUCUCCCACCACCGUGCCAGCCUGCUCUCCUCAUCGGGCCUGGAGAAGCUCAACGAACUCCACUACCCGCCCUACACUGCCCACAGCCAGAAGCUGAUAACCUGGGUCUUGGGCUCCCACAGGUGCGCCCUUCUGUGA